UCAGCCCUCUCUCUCCCUAUUCAUUUUUCUAAUCCGCCAUUGAGAAUUAGUCCAAAACCCAAAACCUCCAACGCAAGAACACAUCCUUUUGUCCCCAGAACAAGACUUGACAUUAAAGUUUCAUCGGCUUAUGAGAUGUUCAGUCCUUUCAUUUGUGGGAGUUUUCAUCAUCAUGAAGAUGAAGAUGAGCCUCUGCAGCGGCAGGGUUCUUCUAGCCCCUGUUCUACUCCAAGAAAAUCGUCAAGAAAAAACACUAAGUACAGCAAGAACCCAUAUUCCACUCGUGGCCUCGACAAGUUCUCUGCUCUUUUAGCUGAUCUUGAAGAGAAGAGGCAACAGAUAUAUUCCCAGGUGGGUUCUCAAGAUAUUUCAUUUGUUCGCUUCGUUUACUCCAACUCGAACGAUUGCGUCCCAAUUGUAGUCAAGCUGAAAGAUCAGAGUAAGUCCGAUGAGACGAAAGAUGAUAAACAAAGAACUGCACAUAACGCAGAAGCUUUGGAUAAAUCGCUGCCAGUAGAGACAUCACCUGCUCACCAUGAGCUUGAAGAAAAGCAACCAAGAAUGGAAACUGAUAAGAAGACUGAAAAGAGGAGGAUGCUUUCAUGGAACUUGAUGUUGCACAGAUUGAGAAGGCCGUCUUAUUACAUGCCAGUGUUUAUUGUCUUGAUUUUGCUGCUGUUGGCUUUCUUUGGAAGAUCAGUAACAAUAUUAUGCACCUCUAUUGGAUGGUAUCUAGUCCCUGCAUUGAGUUCAAUAAGGCCAUCAAAGAAGAAGCAAUUGGUGAGAAGAUUCAGUGAAAUUUCUCAGAGGACCAACCAGAAUAUUAAUGGGGAUCCCAUGAAAUCGCCUCAUGGCCGUCAAAAUAGCUUCUGAAGAUUAUUUUAUUUUUCUUGGUUGGGAUUGAAAUUUCAACUCUUUGAAAUGUUGAGAAAUGUAAAUUAUGGGUUCAACCAGAACAUUUAACAAUAGAAAUUGCGCUAUUGUCGUGUUUUAUUCUUUGUUUGACAUAGGUGGUUUUGUAAGAUUUCUUACAAAUUUAGUUGGCAUUUCUUAAUUGCCCUAAAUAAAAUUAAUGCAAUAGGUAAAA